GCUCACCGUGUUGUCCAUUCAGCCACCUGUCUCUCUGUAUAUCUCCGCCCACUGGUCUGUGUGCCCACUUACCUCCCCUCUCCCCCGGGCCACAGAGCCAUGGCCCAGGGCCACGGGGCCACGAUCAGCAUGGUCCUGCUGGGGCUGGGGCUGGCACUGGCCAUCAUUGUGCCUAUCGUGGUCGUCUCUUGGCACCGCGUCCACUGUGGCCCCCAGGCCUUUGCCCAUGCUGCGGUUGCUGCGGACUCUAAGAUCUGCUCGGACAUUGGACGAGCCAUCCUCCAGCAGCACGGCUCACCCGUGGAUGCCACCAUCGCGGCUCUGGUCUGCACCGGGGUUGUCAACCCCCAGAGCAUGGGCCUGGGUGGAGGGGUCAUCUUCACUAUCUACAAUGCGUCCACAGGGAAGGUGGAGGUCAUCAACGCCAGGGAGACGGUACCUGCCAGCCACGUCCCAGGUCUGCUGGACCAGUGCAAGCAGGCCCAGCCUCUGGGCACAGGUGCCCAGUGGAUCGGGGUGCCUGGGGAGCUCCGCGGCUACGCUGAGGCCCACCGCCGCCACGGCCGCCUGCCCUGGGCGCAGCUCUUCGGGCCCACCAUCGCACUGCUCCGGGGGGGCCUCCGCGUGCCCCGCGUCCUGAGCCGCUUCCUGCACAGCAGCUACCUGCGCCCUUCCCUGCAUGCAUCGUCCCUGAGGCAGCUCUUCUUCAAUGGGACGGAACCCCUGAGUCCUCACGACCCACUCCCGUGGCCCGCGCUGGCCGCCACCCUGGAGACUGUGGCUGCGGAAGGCGCAGAGGCCCUCUACACAGGGAGGCUGGGCCAGAUGCUGCUGGAGGAUGUUGCCAAGGAAGGCAGCCGGUUGACCCCGCAGGACCUGGCAUCAUUCCGGCCUGAGGUGGUGGAUGCCCUGGAGGUGCCCCUGGGGAGCUACACCCUGUACUCACCGCCACCGCCUGCAGGGGGCGCGAUUCUCAGCUUUGUCCUCAACGUGCUCAAAGGGUUCAACUUUUCCGCGGAGUCGGUGGCCAGGCCCGAGGGGAGGGUGAACUUGUACCAUCACCUCGUGGAGACGCUCAAGUUUGCUAGGGGGCAGAGGUGGCGGCUGUGGGACCCUCGAAGCCACCCGGAGGUCCAGAACGCCUCCCAGGACCUGCUGGGGGAAGCUCUGGCCCAGCACAUCCACCAGCAGAUCGACACCCGGGGUGAUCACCAGCUCAGCCACUACAGCCUGGCCGGGACCUGGAGCCACAGGAUGGGCACGGCCCACGUGUCCGUGCUGGGGGAGGAUGGCAGUGCUGUGUCCGCCACCAGCACCAUCAAUACGCCUUUUGGAGCCAUGGUGUACUCACCGCGCACGGGCAUCCUCCUCAACAACGAGCUCCUGGACCUGUGCUGGAGGCACCUGCGGGGCUCCGGAGUCACCCCCCCUCCCGUUCCAGGCGAGCGGCCCCCGUCAUCCAUGGUCCCCUCCAUCUUGGUCAACGCAGCCCAGGGGUCGAAGCUGGUGAUCGGCGGGGCUGGCGGGGAGCUCAUCAUCUCUGCUGUGGCCCAGGCCAUUAUGAACAAGCUGUGGCUGGGCCUUGACCUGCAGGCUGCCAUUGCGGCCCCCAUCCUGCACGUGGACGGCAAGGGCCGGGUAGAGUACGAGCCCAGCUUCAGCCAGGAGGUGAAGAAGGGGCUCCAGUACCGGGGCCAGAACCAGACCGAGAGGCCCAUUUUCCUGAACGUGGUCCAGGCCGUGUCCCAGGACGGGGCCUGCGUGUACGCCGCAGCAGACCCCAGGAAGGGUGGGGAGCCCUCAGGCUACUAAAGAGGCUGCUCCCUACCCAGAGCUGGGAUCCCGCCCGGCGUGCGCCCAGGCUGGCCUGGUCCAUGGGACCGAGCGCUGCGGCAGAAUCUGGACCCCUUGGCUGGACGGUCAGCCUCGGGCUUCAAGAGGCCUCUCACCCAGGACUGUGCCCCCACCCCCCGAAGCCCCAUUCCCCAGCUGUGUAUCUUCCAGUCCAAGAUUAAAGAAGAGGCUGCACCA